AUGAGCGGUUCCAUGUCGACGCCCCGAAUCCUGCCUGCGCAUCUCCAUGCUUUCGCUCCCGGUAGCAGUUCUCACAACACCGUGCGCAUGCUGGGGACCAUCACCACCGUAAGCGGAGACCAGGCCACCCUGAGCUGCGGAGACGACGCAGUCACAAUCUUAUUAAACAGAGACUCUCACCUGUCCGUGGGCUCGUUGUAUGAGAUCGUCGGCAAAGUCGUCAACAUCGAAGGAGGGCACGGACUGGGCGUGCGUGUGUUGAGCAGUGCAGAAUGGCCGAGAAAUGAGAAGGGAGAACUACCGGACAUCAAACUAUUCGAAGCUGUGGUCGACGUUACACACCGCUACAAGAGCAUAUUUUACGAUGAUGGCGAAGGGGGAGUGGAUGGAGGGUAUUGA